AUGCCAUCUCUUACUGAUGACGUCCCAUGUCGUCAAAUUGAUUUGACGGAUCUUAAUAUUCCAAGUGACAUUUGUUUGGCCGAUCCAAACUUUUAUAACCCUGCACCGGUCGAUAUAAUAUUAGGAUCUGAAGUAUUUUGGGACUCGUUUCCUACUCAGCCUCAGAUCAUCAGACUAGGUACCGGACUGCCGAUGCUCUGUGAAACUCGCUUUGGCUUCUUGGUUGCUGGUCGGGCAAUUACCGACUAUCUGCCUUCCAGUAUGCAGUGCUUUUUUGCUUCUGGUCUCUCGCACACAGGUAAUAAUGAUUUAAAAUGUAACGACGACAUCCAAACCCAAUUAACGCGGUUUUGGCAACUCGAAGAAGUUAGCCAUAAGUCGUCUCACUAUUCACCUGAGGAGAAAAUGUGCGAAGAACAUUUCGUUGAAAAUACUACGCGGCUAGCCGACGGACGAUUUUGUGUCAGGCUUCCUUUAAAACAAAGCGAAAGUGUAUUAGGCGAUUCAUUUCAACGCGCGAAGCAUUGCAUGCUUUCAUUGGAACGCAGAAUUAAAACCAAGCCCUCAUUUAAAGGUUUAUACACUGAUUUCAUGGCAGAGUAUGAAAGUUUGGGUCACAUGUCGCAAGGUAGGCAGGUCUCAAGGGAAGAAAAGGGCUAUUACAUACCCCACCACGGAAUUUUGCGUGAUAGCUCCACGACAAAGCUCCGUGUCGUAUAUAAUGCUAGCAGCCCGUCUACCUCAGGUAUCAGUCUGAAUGACAUUCAGAUGGUUGGACCCACUGUGCAAGACGACCUUCUGUCUAUCCUUAUUAGGUUCAGGCAGCACCGGUACAUCAUUUCUUCGGACGUGGAGAAAAUGUACCGUCAGAUAUGGGUGCAUCCUGACGACCGCCACCUUCAAAAAAUUCUUUGGCGCAGUUCGGAGACCAAGCCACUAUUAGUGCACGAGCUCAAUACUGUCUCUUAUGGGACAGCCAGUGCUCCGUUCCUAGCCACCAGGUGUCUCAAACAAAUAGGCUUAGAUUGUGACGAUGAGAAGGUCAAAGAAGUCAUCGUUCACGAUUUUUAUGUAGACGACCUGCUGACAGGAGGAGAUGACCUUACUGCGGUGGAAGAGAUUCGCCAUAAAGUGACUCAAGCACUGUCUUCAGCAGGAAUGAACCUGCGUAAGUGGAAGUCAAACGAGCCUCGCCUCCUAUGUGAACCCUCUCAAUCCUCUGUGAAUUUGAAUAUAGGAUCAAAUGAGCCCAGCAAAACGUUAGGCUUAGGCUGGCACCCUGAGUCCGAUGAGCUGUAUUUUCCAAUAGGAAAACUAGUUCCCAAAGGAAAUACCAAACGCGACAUGCUAUCGGUGAUUGCUCAGAUCUUCGAUCCGUUAGGUCUUCUGUCUCCGUUUGUAAUCACCAUGAAGAUGCUACUGCAGCGGUUGUGGCUUCAAAAGAUUACAUGGGAAGAAGAACUGCCUCCAGAGAUCACCAAACAAUGGGUAGAACUCUUGGAAGGAUUGCCGGCACUGAAUGAUGUCAGAGUCCCUCGUCAUGUCAUUUGCAACUCACACGUAGCCUUCGAUUUACACAUUUUCUCAGACGCAUCUGAACGCGCGUACGGCGCUUGUGUGUACGUACGUAGUGUAGACAAAGAAGGUCAGGUAUUAGUUAGGUUAUUGAUCGCAAAAAGUCGAGUCAGUCCGAUUAAACCUACGACUAUACCUAGGCUUGAGUUGUGUGGCGCUCUCGUUAGUGCUCAUCUGUAUGACAAGGUCAUGACUUCACUUAGAGCUCAGGUUAGAAACACGACAUUUUGGACCGACUCGACUAUAGUGUUAGGUUGGCUUAAGAUGAUGCCAAGUAGGUUGCAACCUUUUGUGAGGAACCGAGUGUCGGACAUUCUAGAAAUUACCGGCAGUUGUACUUGGAGGCAUGUUCCAACGGACCAAAACCCAGCGGACUUAAUUUCCCGUGGAUUGCAUGCACGUGUUAUAGACUCGUUAGAUUUGUGGUGGUCGGGUCCCAGUUUCUUGCAACAAGACGUCGCUCAGUGGCCCUCGAAUCCUACCACAAAGCACGGCGAUGAGCUGCCUGAAACCCGCGUUGAGGUUUCAUUGCACGUUAACAUAAUUAAUGAGCCAUUAAUAGAUUUCAAUCGUUUCUCUAACCUUUCGCGGCUCAUUCGUGCUUUUGCGUAUGCUCUUCGUUUCAUUAAAAAAUGCCGCAAAAAUGCAACGUCGACGUCGUCCACGUACCUCAAUCAUGACGAAUUAAAUAAUUCAUUAAAGGUGAUUACCAAAUUCAGUCAGAGCGAAUCAUUUUCAGAAUAUGAUAUAUUAUUAAAAAAACAAAAUUUACCAAAAAAGAGUAAGCUCUUGAAAUUCAACCCAUUCCUAGACAACGACAACUUAAUGCGUGUGGGAGGCCGUCUUUCCAAUUCAGAAUUUCUGUACGAGAAAAAACAUCCCAUUAUUAUACAGUCCACACAUCGAUUCACAAAAUUAUUAUUUAAUCAGGAACAUAAAAGGCUUCUCCAUGCACCGCCCCAGCUGUUGUUAGCAACGAUUAAAGAAACCUACUGGCCCAUAGGGGGUCGUAAUUUGGCAAAGGCUUGCUACCAUCAAUGUGUGCGAUGUAAAAUCAUGAAGGGACAAGUAAUUGCUCCAUUGAUGGGGAAUUUGCCAAAUUCUCGGUUGUCACCUGGAGGCUACCCGUUUAGGAAUGUGGGCGUGGACUACGCAGGUCCACUCAUGGCAGCCAGCCGUCAAGGUCGUGGUUGCGCACUAGUUAAAGUUUAUGUUGCUAUUUUUAUAUGCUUCACAACCAAGGCGAUACAUUUAGAAUUGGUGGGAGAUUUAACUAGUAAAACUUAUUUGUUAGCACUGUCUCGCUUCAUGUCUCGACGGGGACAGCCAGACAACAUUUAUUCCGAUAACGGCACUGCAUUUGUCGGAGCCUAUAAUGAAAUUACAAAGUUUCUGAAGGAAAACUGCAACUCUUUGGCUGAGACUUUAGCUAGUGAAAAUACUAGAUUUCAUUUUCUGCCUGCUUACGCACCUCACUUCGGGGGUCUUUGGGAGGCGGGUGUCAAAUCAGUUAAAUUCCAUUUGCAACGAGUGUUGGGCAAUUGUAACUUGACUUAUGAACAGCUUAACUCUACACUCAUCAAUAUUGAAGCCCUGUUGAAUUCUCGGCCACUCACGCCUCUGUCAUCACACCCGGACGAUCUCUCAGCGCUCACCCCUGGACAUUUUCUUGUCGGACGUUCACUGACAUCAUUGCCGGUGCAGGAUCUGCGGGACCACACUUAUCAGCAUCUGUCUCGAUUCCACCGAAUCGAACAACUCCGUCAACAUUUCUGGGCUCGGUGGACUAAAGAGUACGUCCCAGAACUGCAACAACGAAUCAAGUGGAGACUCAACCAUGAUUCCCUUAAGAAUAAUACCCUCGUUGUUCUGAAGGAGGACAAUCUUCCUCCGUUGAAAUGGAGACUGGGACGCAUUGUAGCCAUUCACCCUGGACAGGAUGGCAUAUCUCGAGUGGCUGAUGUGAAGACAGCUGGAGGAGUCGUUCGACGCGCUUUCAGCAAGAUUUGUCCACUUCCUGUGGCUACCGAUUCUGCUUGA